AUGGCAGAAGGCAGCACAAUCCCAUCAUGGCGACCAUCUCGUCGUCGAACCAAGCGACGCACGCUCGUCCUCCUCACCCUCUCCCUACUGGCAACCAUCCUGGCACCCACCUCCACCGCCUCCUCUUCUCCCGACGCAACACCCGUCGAAACCCUGCACGAAUCGCUCCUCCUCAAACCGCUCCCCGACGGUCGACUCCUCUCGACAUUCACCUUCGCCCUCCACACCACCUCUUCCUCCAUCUCCUCCUUCCGCCUGUUGCCACGAGCGCUGUUGGCGCCGAUCGCGCACUACGGCGCGUCCGAGGUCCAUCUAGCGCUCAACUCGGGUCGGUGGAGGUACGAUUCCUGGGGUUCGCCGCUCACCAUCCUUUCUUCUCGUCGGACCUACCUCGAUCCCCGUUCGCCCCUUCGGCUGGGGGAGGAGAGCGUCGGCGUGGGUGCGGAGCUCCGAGCUACAUUCGACAAUUCUACGUCUGGCUGGUCCGGAUUAACUAGCGCACUAGCCGGGUUGUUCUGCACCUCGCUCGAUGCGUUGGACGAAAAACAUACGGUGGCACCCCACCACACGGGGCCGAGCACUCUGCAUGCCAUGUUGCCAGGGGAAAACGUGUGCACCGAAAACCUCACGCCCUUCCUCAAGCUGCUUCCGUGCAAGCAAUCCGCCGGACUCGCAACGUUGCUCAACCCGACCAAACUCUUCGGCGCCGCAUUCCACGGGUUGGCCGUUCAUGUGGAGCAAAAGGACGGGUGGAAGGUGGAGUUGACCUUCAGUGCAGUGUUCCAACCGGCGGUGACGCGCGAUGUGAGCAAACGCGAUUGGAGCAUGAGCUCAGUGUUCGGGCGGUCGUUGGAAUCGACCUGUCCGUUGGCCGAGACAAGUAUCGUGCGACUGCUCAAACCGGUCGAUGGGGCGAGGUUCGAUGUUGAGCCCCUGCCCGGCUUCUCGGUGUGCGCGAGACCCGGCGGCGAGUGCGCUGAAGCGAAGCUCUUUCCUGUGUUGGACGAGGUGGAUGAGGUGACGGACGAGUUGGCCGCUUCGAGAUUGCUGGCGUUUGAGACGGAGGCCGAGGGCGAGGCGUACGAGGCGAGACUCAGGGAGCGGUGGGCCCACCAGCUGCGGGUGGAUGGCGAGUAUCUCUACAACCUCCCCAGCGCGCUUGCCGAGGGGAGUUUGGAUGUGGCGAUGAGGUGGCCGCACGAAGUACGUUUUAUCUAUCCGCGCAACAUCACGUCCACCGCGCUAGGCGUGGAGCGGACACUCCUCGGCAGCGGGCAGGAACGAACGACAUUGCAGGUGGUCUUUACCAACAACGACGUGGUCCCUCAGCGAAUACUGUGGUUCGAGACGCUGGGUUACUUUGUCAAGCCCUACCUGCACACCCUGUCUCCCACGGUGACCUUCCUCCCCGACCCCCCUUCGGGUCUCCUCCGCAGCGAGGCGGAUGUGGGGGACCCGGUAGAGGAGGUGCUCUACCAGCCAACACGCGGGGCGAGAGUCUCGAGGAAGCCGUUUGUGCUGGAAACAACGUUGCGGUUGCCCGCGCGGAGUCGCGUCGUGGUGACGCUGGAGCUGAGGAAGGUGUUUGUCGAGUAUAGUCGACAUCCGCCGGAUGCGCAUCGGGGGUUUGAUCUGAAUGGGGCGGUGGUGGUGCCGUUGGCGCCGGUGGAUCCGAGGGAGGAGGUGGUAGCCAAGGAGAGGGCGAAGCAGCGCCGACGCACGGGGACGAAUCGCAUCGCGCCCGCAACGCGAAUGGGCUGGAAGGAGCAACUGCUGCACUUCCUCCAACAGCAACGACAGCAGCAGGAAGAGGUACCAGAGGAACGAAGGUGGGUAGUAAGCAAGAGUCAGUCGAGAAUCUACACCCUGCCCAGGCUGGUCGAGUUGGCCACCCCCGACUUCUCGUUCGUCUACACCAACAUCAUCUUCACCAGCACGGUCAUCGCGUUGUUCUUCGGCAGCACGUUGAACACCCUCCUGCGGACGUUUACGGAUUUUGUACUUUAG